GAUAACAAUAGCCAAUAUAAGAAGAGAGAGAGAUCAAGAUAAACUCUCGGUAACAGAGGCCAUGGCAGCUCGCAGGAUAUCUUCCUUAAUCUCCCGUUCUCUCUCUGUUUCUCUUUCCUCUUCUUCUUCUUCUCUUCUGCUUUCUCUAGGAAGAAAUCCAAGCAGGGCUCAAAGCAUAUGCAGGUUUAGCACUGCUUCAGUAGCUGAGGAACCAAUCACUCCACCUGUUCAAAUAAGAUACACCCAGAAUCUAAUUAAUGGGAAAUUUGUUGAUGCAGCAUCUGGGAAAACGUUUCCUGCAUAUGAUCCUCGUACUGGAGAAGUGAUUGCUCAUGUAGCUGAAGGUGAUGCUGAAGAUAUAGACAGGGCAGUAGCAGCUGCUCGCAAAGCGUUUGAUGAAGGACCCUGGCCAAAAAUGACCCCUUAUGAAAGGUCACGGAUUCUGUUGCGUUUUGCUGAUUUAGUUGAGAAGCACAACGAUGAGCUUGCAGCUUUAGAGACAUGGAAUAAUGGGAAGCCUUAUGAACAGUCUGCUAAAUCUGAGUUACCCAUGUUAGCGCGUUUAUUUCGUUACUAUGCUGGUUGGGCGGAUAAGAUUCAUGGGCUAACAGUUCCUGGAGACAGUAAUCACCAUAUUCAAGUAUUGCAUGAACCUAUUGGAGUUGCAGGGCAAAUUAUUCCAUGGAAUUUUCCUCUUAUCUUGUUUGCUUGGAAAGUUGGUCCUGCAUUAGCUUGUGGUAAUACUAUUGUACUGAAAACAGCAGAACAGACACCUCUUACUGCUCUCUAUGCAGGAAAGCUCUUCCAUGAUGCUGGCCUUCCUCCAGGUGUUCUGAAUGUAGUUUCAGGCUAUGGUCCAACUGCUGGUUCAGCUCUUGCCAGUCACAUGGAUGUAGACAAGAUUUCUUUCACAGGAUCAACUGAGACAGGCAAGGUUAUCCUCGAAUUGGCUGCUAAAAGUAAUCUUAAGCCAGUUACAUUAGAACUUGGAGGGAAAUCACCUUUCAUAGUAUGCGAAGAUGCUGAUAUUGACAAGGCUGUGGAGCUUGCACACUUUGCCUUGUUCUUUAAUCAGGGCCAAUGUUGUUGUGCUGGGUCUCGUACGUAUGUACACGAGCGCGUGUAUGAUGAGUUUGUAGAGAAAGCAAAGGCACGUGCUGUGAGACGUGUUGUUGGUGAUCCCUUUAAGAAGGGUGUUGAACAAGGCCCUCAGAUCGAUGAUGAGCAAUUUCAGAAGGUCCUGAGGUAUAUAAAAUCUGGCAUUGAAAGCAAUGGUAAACUCGAAUGUGGAGGUGAAAGGCUUGGCUCCAAGGGCUACUUUAUCCAGCCCACUGUUUUCUCGAAUGUUCAGGAAGAUAUGUUGAUAGCAAAAGAUGAGAUCUUUGGUCCAGUGCAAUCAAUCUUGAAGUUCAAGGAUGUUGAUGAAGUAAUAAGAAGGGCAAAUAGUUCCCGCUAUGGAUUGGCUGCAGGAGUUUUCACAAAGAACAUUGAUACUGCCAAUACCUUGUCAAGAGCAUUGAGGGCAGGAACAGUGUGGGUUAACUGCUUUGAUGUCUUCGAUGCAGCAAUUCCUUUUGGUGGUUAUAAGAUGAGUGGUUUUGGCAGGGAAAAAGGUAUCUACAGCCUUAAUAACUACUUGCAAGUUAAAGCUGUUGUUACUCCUUUAAAGAAUCCGGCUUGGUUGUAAAUUCGUAAAUCCACUACUCUGUUUCUCUUUUCCUGGUUUUUUACUCCAUGUAUUUAUAAGGUGAUGUGAGGUUUGCACUGUAGUGUAAAGAACUGUACUUGUUUUGUUUGUCUAUACCUAACCUCUCAGAUAAAUAAAAUUUACCAUCCUUUUUGAAGGCCUUUCUUGAUUA